CUGAAGAGAGCAGAGAGAAGAGAAGCAUUUUCCAGUAUUCUUCACAUCAACUUUCAGAUGGAUAAGGAUCAACAAAAGCAGAAAUUUCCAGUCGAAGAUUCACAUAUGGCGGAGACCGCAGAGAUGGAGACUAAAUUUGUAUGGCCAUGGGUUGGUCUUGUGGCCAACAUACCCACGGAGGUUGAUCAAUCUGGUCGGAGAGUGGGCCAAAGUGGUUCAAAGUUACGUGAUGAGCUAACCGUGAAAGGGUUUAAUCCAACAAGAGUUCAACCCAUUUGGAAUUUCAAGGGACAUUCUGGUUAUGCUUUGGUUGAGUUCACUAAAGACUUUGAAGGAUUUGAAAACGCCAUGAAAUUUGAAAGGAGUUUUGAAGUAGACCGUCAUGGGAAGAGAGACUGGGAAAAUGGUAUUCGCUUGAGAGAUAAAAAGCUUUACGGAUGGGUUGCGAGAACGGAUGAUUAUAACCGAAGUGAUAUUGUUGGGAAGAAUGUUAAGAAGAAGAGAGAUUUGAAAAGUAUCUCGCAGCUUAUGGAAGAAGACGAGAGGAAAAUGGCUCACCUUGUUGAAAACAUGUCUCAAUCGAUUGAGAUGAAGAAGCAAUGUAAGCAAGAACUUGAGCAGAAAGUUAAUGAGACAUCUCGUUGUUUGGAGAGUUUGGCAUUGCAUAACAUUCUUUUGAACAAGACCUACCAAGAAGGGAUUGAGAAGAUGCAGACGAGUAUGCAACAUUUGUAUGACCAUAUUAUGCAAGGACAUGAGAAGUCUAUGUCAGAACUAGAGGCAAAGAGGGAGAUGCUGGACGAGCGUGCAAAACAGAUCGAGCAACGAGCAAUCAUAAACGAAGAAGAGAUGGCAAAAUCCAGACUUGAAAGAGAAAUGAACGAAAAGGCUAUGUGGGAGCAGAAUGAAGCGAAUGAGGAAGCUAUGAAACUUGCAGAAAAGCAUCAGAAAGAGAAAGAGAAGCUUCAUCAAAGGAUAAUGGAAAUGGAAGCUAAGCUAAAUGAAACGCAAGAGCUGGAGUUGGAGAUAGAGAAGCUGAAAGGUAGGACCAAUGUAAUGAAACAUAUGAUGGGGAGUGAUGGAGAUGCAAAAAUUGUGGAGAAUAUGGCCAAAACUCAGAUAGAGCUUGAGGCUCGAGAAACGUCUCUCCAAGACAAGAUGACGACUCUGGCACAAAAAGAACGUGCGACCAACGAUGAGUAUCAAGACGCUCGUAAAGAGAUGAUACAGCUAUGGAAUGCCAAUGAAGAAUUGAUGAAGGAAGAGAAGAUUAGAGUAAAGAGAAUGGGGCAGUUAAACCCUGAACCGUUCUUACCUGCGGUGAUGAAGAAACAUAAAGUUACGAAGUCAAGAGCAGAGAUUAAGGCUAUGCAGUUGUGUUCAGUGUGGGAAGCAAACAUCGGAGAUGUGCAUUGGAAUCCAUUUAGAGUCGAUGAAUCUGAUGGAACGCCAAAGAGGGUGGUGAAUACAAACGAUGAGAAGCUUCGUAAUCUAAAGAGCCAGUACGGCGAAGAAGUUUGUAAUGAAGUGGUAAGAGCAAAACUAGAGAUUGAGGAGCACAACGCGAGUGGCAGCUAUGUGAUUGUGGAACUUUGGAACUAUGAGGAAAACCGAAAGGCAAAGAUGGAGGAAGCAGCUGAGGUGAUCUUGAAGAUAUGGUCGAGUCUUGCUGCUAUGAAGAACAAACGCAAGAGGCCUUGAGGCCUUUAACUUAAAAAGAAAAGAAGACUUCUAAAAUUUGAGUAACAACGUCGAGACAAGUGUGACGAGCCUUAGGAUAUGUUCUCUCUUUUUUUUUUUUUUUUUUUUGGUCAAAUGUUCUCUCUUUUUAUCAGUUUGAAUUAGGCUUAUAAAACUGUGACUGGUUUUCCACUUUUUUGAACCGAAUUGGAUUUUUUUCUUCAA